CUGGACAGAAGGAUGGUCCUUCAACGGACUGGGGAGAGGAGUGGGAGAUGUGGUGGUUUUGAGGGCGUCAGGGCUGGAGCACCCUGACAUUAGCGCUGUAUCUGCCCACCUUGUCCUGGCACUUCUGCCCCCGUGCACCUUUCACAGAGAAAGAACUGUGGCUGACGUGGGCCAGAAAGGGCUGGCUGUAGUCUCUCUGCCAUUGGUUAGGUCUGAGACCUGGGACAAAUUGCUUCAUCUCAGGAACCUUACUCUCCCUGUCUUUCCACUCCUGCAGGUACCAAGGAGUGGAGGAAAGUGCAGUGGUCUGCGACCUGCACAGAGAACCCUGCCCAGGCAGGCAGCUGACCCAGCCCCACCAUGUUCCUGUGUGCUCUGGGCGUCCCCUGGUCAUCAUCCCCAAUCCCCUGCCUGGGAACCAGCUCUGGGCUUGUCAGAGAGCCAAAUUUCUGACAAUCCCGCCCCAGAUGGCCAGUUAAUGAGUGACCAGGGCUCUAGAGCUUGGCCUAUAAAGGCUGCUAGCCAGGGAAGCCGGUGGGAGCCAGGGGGACAGCAGCAGCAGCGAGAACACAAAAGGACAGAGAUGGACAGCAGGACUGCGUUGGGGCACCUGCUGGGGGCAGCUGUGGGUCUCCUGCUUCUGCUGCAGAGCACACAGUCAGUCCUCAUCAAGUACCAAGGCUUCGAGGUCCAGCUGGAGUCGGUGAAGAAGUUGAGCGCCCUGGAGGGGCAGCAGGAGCCCAGCCCUGACCUGCAAACCAAGAGCCUCCUGCCCUCGGUGUGCCACCACCCAGCUCUGCCCCAGGACCUCCGGCCCGUCUGCACCUCCCAGGAAGCCGCCAGUAUCUUCCAGACCUUGAGGACCAUCGCCAAUGAUGACUGUGAGCUGUGUGUAAAUGUCGCCUGCACCGGUUGCUGAGAUGCCCCUGGGAGCCUUGAGCUCACCCUGGAUGCCUGGCCCCUCACACUCAAGCAGAGACUCCUGGCCACUACAGUCGUCACCACCCUCCCAGGCCAGAGCAGCUUGAUCAGGUGCAAAUCAAUGGGACACAAGAUUGAGCAGGGUUCCCUGCUCCUGAA